GAGGCUCUGCCGUUUUCUUCUGGAUGUUACAAUCUUCGUGGCAAAUUUAAUAUACUCUAUAUACCUUAGGCCAACAAAUUUUCACUUCCUCCACCUAACUCCCGAAUUAAAGACUUUUUGUGAUUGGUAUAUAUUAACCAUCCACUACUCUAAGCUAGGUACACUCAUCAAAAUAAUUCAGAGCUUACCCCACAAAUCUCAAAAAUAACUCCGGAUUCGUCUGGAUGAAUCGCAUCAAUCAUCAAGAGUUCGGAUGAUGUAAUUAAGAUUUCCACUAAAAAGUUUAGAAAUCCAGAAUAUGGCAUUGCAAAAUCACGAAAUUUCGUGAUAAAAAAAUUAUUUCGGGAUUAAAAAUUCGACGGUGUUUAAAUAUGAUUUCCACUAAACAGUUUAAAAAUCCAGAGUAUAUAAUUUCAAAAUGCCGAAAGUUUCGGGAUUAAACAAUUAUUUAUUAUGAAUUUCACUACAAAGUUUAAAAAUACGGUGCAUGAAAUUUUAAAAUCAGGAAAUUUCGGGAUUCAAAUAUUAUUUCGGAAUUAAAAAUUCGACAAUGUUUUAAAUAGGUUUUCCAUUAAAAAGUGUAAAAAAGCAGAUUAAGUUAUUUCAAAAUCCCGAAUUUUUCGGGAUUCAUAAAUUAUUGUGCUAUUAAAAACUAAGCGCAGGGAAUAAACGCAUUUAUGAACAUAUUUCUAGACGUCAUUUUAAGAAAAAGACCGCUCUUAUUUUCCAGAAAAACAAGUAUGUUGCAAGCACACACACAUAUAUACAUACAUAAAUAUGUGAAUACAGAUACAGAGCGCAUUUGUAUGCAUGUGCCAAGAGUUUAUUGAAUGCACUCAGACCGGUUUAACGGAAAUAAUUAAUAACAUAUUUAAAAAAAUGUAAACAAACGCAAUGUGUAUGUAUGGGUGUAUACAUACGUAAAUGCAAAUAUUUACAUAAUUAUAUGGAAGCUAAAUUUAUUAUAUAUUUACAAAAAUAAAAACUAUUAUCACUUAUAAGCGAGAUGAACUAUGGAGCGCUUAUCAUAAAAGCAUUUAUUAGACUUUUAUACUCGUACUCGUAUGUGCGUCGCAAGCCAUUGUCUAUUUAAGUGUCUUUCGACACGCAGCUAUGCAGCGCUUCGUAGAUAUUUGCCUAUUUAGUUUAGAUUAAGCCGUCGCAAUGAGUGCAACAAAGAACGGAAUUGAUAUCAACGCGCAAAGCACUACAACAAGCGCCGCAGUUACGCCCACCAAGCGCCCGCCAUACGGUUACGGCGAAUUGGACGUACAGCAGCGCGGUCCAAUUUAUAUCAUCACAUUCAAACGCAGCGCAGUGUGUAACGCGCUCACGCGCCGCGGCUACUACGCAUUGAUACGCGCGCUCGAAGAUGCCACGUACAAUGAAAGCAUUACCACUGUCGUUAUAACAGGCGCCGCUGGCUAUUUUUCAGCUGGCAAUGACCUAACACAACUGCGCCAAUAUGCCGAUCCACAAACCUUCUUGCGCUCCUCCGAGUAUGUGCUGCGCUUGCUGGUCAAGGCAUUCAUCUACUGCCCGAAAGUAUUGGUGGCGCUCGUCGACGGUGCAUGCAUUGGCAUUGGUUUCGUAUUCGCCGCACUUUGUGAUGUCGUCUACUGCACGGAACGCGCCUACUUUCAGGCACCUUUCACACAACUCGGCAUCUGUCCGGAGGGUUGCCUAACCUACUUGUUGCCGCAAUUGUUGGGGCGCGUUAAGGCUGCGGAGCUGUUGUUGUUCGGUACGCGUUUGAGCGCGGAAGAGGCGUUGCGUUAUAAUUUUGUAGCGCGCUUAAUACAAACAACGGAUAUAGAGCUGCAAUUUUGGCCGCAACUGGCGGAGUACGCGCGUUUGCCGUUAGAGUCGCUGCGCGCCACAAAGCGUCUGUUGAGUGAGCGCAAGCAAUUGUUGGACGCAUUGAAGGCGGAAUGUGGAGAAUUGAAACGCUUGCGUAUGGGUGAGACAUAUCAACGUACGAUUGAGGCAUUCGUAAACCGUAAGGGGCGGGAAAGAGGCUUAAUUAAUAAAAAUAAAUUGUGAAGAAAUAUUAAA